AUGGCCGGUGGAGGUGGAGGUCGUUCCCCUUUCAUGGAUGGCAUAAAGAAGGCUCACGACGAUAUGGUCUCUUGGUGCUACGAACCACAUGGCAAAGUCGCUGAUGAACAGCUCAAAAAACUAGAUGAAGCGCAAGUGAAGAGAGAACACGUCGCCUACGGCUUCAUUGGUUUGAUUUGUUUGUAUCUGAUCAGUGGAGAGCAGGCAUUUUUUGUGUCAGUCUUCAUCACACUCACCUAUCCAAUGUACCUUAGUGUUCAAGCUCGUUCAUUUUGGCAAGCGUUGAUAGUGGAACGGGUGGAUUGUAAAUCAUUUGCUUUGGAUCAGCGCGAGAAGAAUUUCUGUAGGGCUGCUCGUGCUAAAAACACUGAAAUUGCUCAUCGCCUAAUCUUUUACUGGAUUCCGUUUGGCUUCUUUGCUCUUAUAGAUGCCACAGCCAUUAGCGAAGUUCCUAUGUAUUACCUCAUUAAAGUACGACUGACAGCACUUCUCUUGUCUCUUUUGCUUCCUCUGACGAAUGCAAUGGUGCUCUUCGAUAAUGUCACAGAACCAGCAGCAAAAGCAAUCGAAUCAUUUGUAGAGAAGAUUAACAGCAGUACUUGA